AGGUGCCACUGCAGGGGUGAACGAUGCGGCUCUGGGCGCUCUUCCUCGCGAUCCUCAUCUUCAGUGGUGGCUGCCACUGCUCCCCACCCUCCCUGCCCCUCAGGAUGCCUCGGUAUGCAGACGCCAUCUUCACCAACAACUACCGGAAGGUGCUGGGCCAGCUCUCUGCCCGCAAGAUCCUCCAGGACAUCAUGAGCAGACAGCACGGAGAGAGAAACCAGGAGCAGGGAGCGAAGACUCGGUUUGGCCGUCAGAUGGACAGCAUGUCGGCGGAACAAGAGCCAAUGGCAUUGGAGAAGGUCCUGAUGGCCCUGCGGCAGAAGCACGGGAAUUCCCAAGGAUGAAGAUUCCGCCUGCGUCUUAUGCGACCUGCAGCCAAAACCCAACUGCAUCCAGUUAAUCCUAUUUAACUUCUAACCCACUUUUCCCCUCAUAAAUACAAUAAAAUUCCCCCAUACUGGUCUGCA